AAGCGAAGGUCAUGUCGCUGUGAAACCACGUAGGUGAGCUCCCGCAAUAUUUUGAAGUUUUAAGGAGUACUUUCAAGGAUAUUGAUCAAAUACUGUUUUGUGAAAGUCGUAUGAGUUGACUAGAAAUAUAAGUUGGACUGCAGUGCAUUUUCAAAGUGUUUUUCUGCUGAUAUAGUGCAUCUUGGAAUAUUAUUGUCCACCUGCGAAGUAAGCACCGUUGCCAUAUUUUCAAUAAAAAUGGCAACUAGAAAUCGAACAGGUAGUGGGACUGGACAACUUGGACAAAUUGAUGAAAAUAUGAUCGAUAUGAUAUUAACUAGGUUAGCACCGAAAAUAACUGACAAAAUAGAAAACCAGUUGGAAAAAUUAAAUAAACACUUCGAAAAAAUGGAAUGUAAAAUAAACAAUGUGGUAGAAAAAUUAUGCUAUAUUGAGAAAAUGUCGGAAGCGAACAAAGAAGAAAUAAAAUCGUUGAAUAGUAGAAUCGAAGCAUUGGAACAAAAAGUGAAAUCAAAAACCUUGAGGAUGGUAGGAAUCGAAGAAGAAGCCAACGAAAAUCUGUUAUCUAAGGUAUGCAACCUAUUUAAUAACGUGCUGAAAGUUACAUGCACUCAGCAAGAUAUAAGCAAUUUGUACCGCACCAAAAAGAUUGAAAAUCAAACCAAACCCCGAGCAGUGCUGGUUACUUUUACAUCAAAUAUAAAAAGAAAUGAGGUUUAUGCAGCCAAGAAACAUCUGAAAGGAACAAAUAUGUUCAUCAAUGAAGACUUGACGACGAAACAAUACAAAUUGCUGGGAAUGGCGAAGAAAAAAUACGGCAAUAAAAAUGUAUGGUCCCUCAAUGGAAGAAUUUUCGCUAGAAUUGGCACUAAUGUAAAAUUGGUAGAACGUGAAAUAGCCACAUCGGAAGGUGAAGACUGAGAAGAAAGUAGCAAAAAAUAAGAUAAGAUAUUGAAUUGUUUCAGGUUUGGUUUUUAUGUAGGUCUCUAAUGGCUAGUCUACACUAUAUGUUUUUCGAUAAUUAUAGAAAUUUUUGAAAUUUUAUAGUGAUUCAUAUUCAUUUUUAUAUUUAUUUUGAUAGGUAUUCCUUAUUUUUUGUUUUCUAUGUUCUAGGCUAGGAGCUCUUCAAUGUUACUGACAUCUCUUCCAACUUGAAUGUAUACUACCAGAAUUGUAGAGGUUUGAAUACGAAGUGCAAUGAAUUUUAUAGAAGGUCCUUGGUUGACAAUUUUGACAUUAUAAUAGCUGUUGAAACGUGGUUACAAGAGGGAGUACAUGAUGCCGAAAUUAUAGAUAUCAACCAUUUUAAUUUACUGAGGUCUGAUAGGAAUUUGCAGUUCACAAACAAAAGCACUGGGGGUGGAGUUAUGGUGGCGAUCAAGAAAAGGUUUAAAUUGCUGAGUGUACUUAGUUACAGUAAAUAUUUCGAAGCAUUAUCUAUCAACUUUAAAGUGAGUAAGCAAAAAUAUACGUUAUGUGCGAUCUAUAUACCUCCGAAUAGUUCUACUGAAGUAUAUGAGACAGCAUUCAGUUUCAUACAAGAACAAAAAAUAACAAACUCUGAAAAUACGUACGUUUUUGGUGAUUUCAAUAUCCAGGAUGUAACGCGGAAUUAUUUUACGAAAAAUAGCGAGAAACAUAAUGUAUUAAAUGACUUCCUGGAAUUUAAUGAUUUUAGCAUAUAUAAUAAUGAAAUAACAAAUCUACAAGGAAGAAUCCUAGAUUUAGUUUUGAGCUCAGAACAAAAUGAGAAGUAUUGUAAGGUAAAACGGGAUAUGUUGCCAUUUGUGAAGGAGGACACUUACCAUCCUACUCUCAAUAUAACCAUCGAAAUUUCAAAAGUAAAUGAUAAAAUUAGUAAUGAAACCGUAGAAAUGAGAUACAAUUACAAAAAAGCCGAUUUCUUGGGUUUGAGUACUCAUAUUCGCGACGCUGACUGGACAGCAGUGAUUGUUGAGCAAAACGUGAACGAGGCUUUAGAAAAGUUUUACUCGAUAUGGGAUAGUGUGAUAGCGCAGUGUGUCCCACAGUACAGGGUGGUCAAAGGUAGGAAGGAAAAAUAUCCAGUAUGGUUCACUGUUGAAAUCAAAACUUUACUGCAGGAAAAAAAGCGCUAUAAUAAAUUGAAAUCGGUAUCGGGUUACUAUCUUAAUGAAUAUAAUAAGUC